ACAGGCAGCCACAAGGAAGUCACCCAGCCAGCCUCGACACCUGGAGGCCACAGCCCAUGUAUAUAGGCCACCUCAGAGAAGGAGCCUCAGACCAGCCCCAUCCUCAGCCCUGACCCAGCCCAGCCCCACACCACCAUGUGCCACACCACCUGGCCCUUUGGCUGCCAGCCAGCCUGCUAUGUGCCCAGCUCCUGCCAGGCGUCCUGCCAGGUGCCCAGCCCAUGCCAGGCCAUUUGUUGCGUGCCUUUGAGCUGCGAGCCAGCCAUGGGCCUCCCUGUGAGUUGCAGGUCCCUUGCGUGUGGGGCCCCUUCCUGCAAGUCCUCUGGCUGCUGCCAGCCAUCCUGUCACAUCCUGGUCUGCAGAACCAUCCCCUGUGGUGUCCCUUCUUGCUGCUGA